AUCAACUCGUUCGUGUUAUAUGGGAUUUUUUUCAGCACAUCCUUAUUCCAUUGUAAAAACAUACUUCAAGUUCUGAAAACUAUUGCUGAAUCUAUAUUAAUAAACGCUGAAUUAGUAGAUGAAUAAAGGAGACUAAUAACAACAAUAAAGGAGGCUAACAACAACAUUGAAGGAGCCUAACAACAUAAAUGAAAAAUAAUUCUCAAGAUCUAUAUCAUGGAUCCUACAGUGGAAAAAGAUGGUUCAAAAAACGAUAACAACACAACUAAAUCCAUUAAUGACUUCAUUGAGCGCCACUUUUCUUCAGCACCACCACUUACGUCAUCUCCUGUAAAUUUAGCUUGUAAACCUUCAGAAAUAUUGCAAUCUUCCCAAAGCCAUCUACCUUCUUCAAGAGACAGCAGCAGCGCCAGCUCAUAUCCAAUAUUAGCAGUCACACAUUCCUAUCGAGUUCUUCCUCCUGUAGCCCCUAAACCACGUCAACCACUCAAAAUCACUAGGAUAGGCCAAGAAAAUGGGCCAUCACUUCUUUCAAGUGACGGUAGUCCAAUUCCACAACCUCCACUUUCUCUUCUAUAUGAUGUUGCAAGAACAACACCCAGGUCACUGCCUUUAAAUUCAGCUUGUAGACCUCCAGCAGUAUUACAAUCAUCCCGAAGCCUUCUGACUUCCUCGAGAGAGAGCAGCAGAGAUUGCUCACAACCACUAUUAGCAGUAACACAUUUGUCUCGAGCUCCCCCUCCUGUACCCCCUAAACCAUGCAAUUCACUCCAAAAUACUAGGACAGGCCAUUCAAGUGGUUCUCGUUCACCACCUCCAUCGUGGUCACCUGUAAAUUCAGGCUGUAGACCUUCUGCAGUAUUGCCGUCAUCUCGUCAAAGCCUUCUACCUUCCUCUGGAGAGAGUAUGAGAGCUGCCUUACACCCACUAUUAGCAGCGACACAGUCGUCUCGAGUUCCGCCCCUAAACCAUGUCCCCACGCCAGGUCAAGCAAGUGGACCACAACCUCUUUCAAGAGGAAAUGGUCAUCUUUUACAACCUCUAAUUCCUCCAACAUCUGCUGCUGCGACAACACCACCCACGUCACCUCGUGUAAAUUCAGCUUGUAAACCUUCAACAGUAUUACAAUCAUCCCAAAAUCUACUACAUUCUUCAGGAAAUAGUAGCAAAUCCAGCUUACAUCCGCUAUUAGCAGUCGCACAGUCGUCUCGAGUGCCUCCUCCUAAGUGA